AACAAGCUACUGGAAAUGAAAAGAUUAAAUUCAUUAAAUUCGAUGAUUUGAACAUCGAUGCUAGAAAUCGUAGACAAAAGGAGAAUUCUUUAUGUUCUAGUGUUUCUGUGAAAAAUAGACCGGACUUAGAAGGCUUAGAAAUUACCAAUCAUAUUUUGAACAACUUUUAUAAUCUAAAAAUUGAUGAUAAGAACAUGGGAACUCUUUUU